AGUAUGUUGUUAGACCCUUACAUUGCUUCACUCUGAGUGACAAACGGGUGGCCGCUCUCGGCCUUAUAAGUCGAGGUGGUAUUGUGCCCUGGCGCUGGCGGCUCCAGGGCGCCAGGAUGACUCACUCCCGGAGUCCUGCAGGAACAACCCAUUGCUAUCCGAAGCGGGACCCGAGGAAAGUGAAGGAAAGUGAUGAUUGAUCCUCUGCCUCCUUAAGUGUGGCUAUGGCCGGAGAUCACUCACUUGUGUUGAGUGCCACAUCAGGGUGAAGAGCAAACAUACAUCACAGAGGAGAGAGAUGGCGACCUAGAGAGGGUCGUCAGGUUUUGCUGUGACAAACGACCUUCGCGGGUGCCGCCACGUUUGGUAGUGAGCCUUGGCGCCAUUCGGCCUAUCUAGUGGCGAGCGGGACGCAGGUGAUUCGGGAUUCCCAGGCCAGGACUUGGCUGCAGCAUCCCCCUAGGUUGCGGGUCCUGGGUCCGGGGAGGCUGGCGGCCAUAAGUGGCACCACCGAUGGGUCGCGGCGUCAGACGGCCCCGCCCCCAAGGUUUAAGUCACGGCCCCCGCGUCUUCACCUUGCGUAAAUAGCCGGUGACAGCGAGGAGGUGUGCAUACUUGCUUCAUCUGCCGCCACGGGCACAUUCAGGUGCUUCAGCUUCGUCAGGAUCAUGGAAAGGAGGAUGGCAGUGCUGGCGAAUUUGAUGGUGGUGGUGAUGGCCGCCGUGGGAGUCACGUCCCUCCCGCCCUUGUCACUGCCCUCCUCACCAACGCUGGCACAAGACUCUGAAGUGUCACCGUCACAACUUCUGAAGGCGUUUGGUCUGUCGGAGCCCGGUGUGCGUCGCUGGCACUCAGAGCCGCCCCAGUACAUGCUGGAUCUCUACAACGAAGUGGCAGAUGCCAACGGACUGACGCGGCUUCCUGGCCCUUACGGCGCCACCAUCGUCAGGUCUUUCUCAGAAAAAGAUGAAGGAAAAGAAGAAAUCUUUUCCUUCUCUCUCCCCGACUUGAAGGACGAUGAAGAAGUGCUGGAGGUGGAGUUCCACGUCUAUCAUUCGCGCUUACCGAGGGAGCAACGACACCUCCUGGAGCACAACACAUACAUGCUGGAGGUGCGGUGGCUGGGGUCAGAAGAGCACCUGAUGGUGGGACGGCAACACAUCGCGGCGCACAGCAGCGGAUGGCGGGUGUUCAAGCUAGGGAGCGGCGUAGUGGCGGGUCAGGGAAGCGCGGUGCAGAAUGUCAGCCAUGUCAACUUGCAGGUAACGGCUGUGACAUCGGAAGGCCGCCCUCUGUCUCUUGUGUUCCAUCAUGAACCCCGCGGCGCCAGGCGGCCUCUGUUGGUUCUCUUCAACACCCUCGCCGCUAAUGCUACCGCCGAUCCACCACCACUGCCCGCAGGGAAGCAGCAGCACCGCCCCCCGAAUGGUGGUGGCCGCCGUGUGCCUCGCUCUGUGGACGUCAACGCCCUGCCGCGCGGCUGUCAGCGGCGGGACAUGCACGUGAACUUCGAGGCGAUUGGCUGGUCGUCCUGGAUCCUUUACCCGCAAGUGUACAAUGCCUAUCAGUGCCAAGGCCAGUGUGCCUUCCCAUUAAUACAGAGCGUCAACCCCACCAACCACGCCACUGUGCAGAGCUUUAUCCACCACGUGGGCAAGGCGCCCGGCGUGCAGACCCCCUGCUGUGUCCCCUCGCUCUACGGCAACCUGACGCUUCUCUUCUACGACUCUGAAGAGAACGUGGUGCUGAAGCAAUAUGACCAGAUGGUGGCCUUGCAGUGCGGGUGUCACUAGAUUCCUCUGCCGCCUCACUCCCACAGACCAAUUACACUGCAGAUUAAUUAUAACACAUACAUUACACCAUGAAAUUACGGAAUGACAAAGACAGCAGUCAUAAAUAGAAAAUUAAUUAUGAACAUGUAUAAUUACCAUAUUAGUAGAAUAAUUAAACAACAUUACCAUGUAGACAACAUUUACUGCAAGACGAUAACUUGAGGUAUAUGUACUGGCGCCGCAAACACAGAACAUAGGUGCACACUGCACGGCUCCCUGGCUCAGCGGGACCGCCGCGCCGCCACGCCCGCGCUGGCCGGCGCUAAUAAUCCUCUCAUGGGAUUCUUUCUCUAUGACUUUCUCGCAAAUUGUAUGAAAAUAUCUACAUAGUACAAAACAUAUA